AUGAUUUCUUAAACCUCACAAUAACGCUCUAGAGUUUUCGUAAAUUUGGACCGUUCAAUGGUUCCAUGCAAUUAAGAGCUAUUAAAUAUGUUAGAAGAUGAAAUGAUAGAGCUAUAAUUGAUGAAAUAGCUUUGGAGCAAUGUUAGUAGUGACACUCGGCUCUACCCUGGAGUAAAAACAGCAAGGACUGGUGGAAAUGAGAUGUUCCCUUAAUACUAAGUAAAUAUCACAGGUUUGAUGAAUAAUUCAAUCCUUAAUGACGGUGAUAGGAUGGUUGGAUCUGCUGCAUGGCUCAACUAUCCAAUAUCUCUCUAUGAUUUAACUAAAGUAAAUUUCACCUUGAAUUGGAGUAAAGCUCAAUGUUCUUUACAAUAUAACACACUCAUCAAUUGCUCACCUUAAGGAGGUUUCGCCAUAGUAUUUUAACAGGAAUCUACAAAUUCCCUGGGAGAAUAUAAGAAUAAUCUUGGUUAGGGAUUAGGAUAUGAAGGACUAUCUGGCAUUUUCGCAAUUGAAUUUGAUACUCAAGCUAAUAUCCACAAAAAUCCAGCAGAUCCAAACUAGCUGAGAAUAUCUAUGCAGAUUAGAAAUAAGAACGUAGAUUUAUUGUCGUCAAGACUCAGUAGCACAUUCAAAUCCAAUUCUUAACCCAGUUUCAACUUAAGUGGUUUUAGUCAAUCUAUUAAUGUGCAACUUGGUCUCAUCUCCAAUCAGCUAAAUCAAGAAAUAAUGAUUGUACUUGACAUGAAUGGAAUGAGACAACUUGAAGUAAAGACUACAUUUGACGAACUAGGUCUUGAUCCCAGCAGAACUUAUUUCUUUGGGUUCACAUCAGCCUAAAAUUUAAACAAGAAUGCCCCAACAGCAUCAUUAGACAUCCUCAAUUUUAGACUCUUUAAAGGAAAACCUAAAUUUGUGGAUGGCUAGGUAUCCUACAUUGGAGACUCGGUAGGACUUAGAGGUAACUAGUCAAAUCUUGAAAUUAGAUCAAGUUUUUAUGAUCUUUGCAUGCAGAAGACAACUUUAGUUGUUUAUCCUACCAUUAGUGAAUAAGAUUGGCUAACUGCCUAAGAAACAGAGCCGCAUAUUAUACCAUUUUUCAACAAUAGAGAUACAAUGGUUAUUGGAUCAUCAAUUUAAAAUAUUAACAAACCACAAUUUUACUCUCCAAGUUCUAGAACAAUAUCACCUGAUGUAAAAUUUUAGCUAUCACUUCCUACAGGAGUCACCACUAAUGUCAGAAUGGGCUUUUAUUAUUACAGUGACUUGAUCAUGAAUAUUACCUCAAUCGACUAUUUCAAAAAGACCAAUUCUAAUUACACAUUCCUUGUUAUUAAGGACUCAGAUCUUAUUACAAGCACUCUGACAACUAAAGGAUAUGCUAAUAACAAUUACUAAUUCGAUGUUUUUUACUAUGAUGGAUAGCUAAACCCGGUAGCAGUUGAUUUCAGUCAGCUUAGCUUAACGGUAACAUCGGAUUACAUCAGACUCAACAACACAAUCUACAAUAAUCAAGUACCAUUAACAUGCUACAGAGUGUCAUCAUCCUCAAAUUCUGCUUCAUCUGGUACUAGUACAGAUUCUGUUGAUACUAAGGCAUCACAGUUUACAUGUUAAUUCUUGCCUAAUGUUAAUGGAACUUAUUUUAUUAAUUCCCCAUUUCUACCAUCUGGAAGAUCCUUCAAAGUAGAUAUUGGCUAGGCUGAUCAGGUGAAUGAAAUAUUAUCUAGUGAAUAUUCCCAAGCUAUUGUAAAUGGUGAUUUCGAAGUAGAUGCUGGUUCAACUAUUGAGAUUUAUAUUGACCUAAGGAAUAAUCUUAACAAUACAUACAUACCUCAAACUCAAGAAGGCUGCACAUUCACUAAUAGUUACUAUUUCUUAAACGGCUAAAAGUACUCUUUCCUAUUCUAUGAUGUAUAUCCUUAUUUAAGGACUACAAUUACAUAAGCUGGAGUGGCGGAUUUCAAAAUCUCAAUCACUUGCACAAGAGUUAAUUUUGAUCUCCAGUGUUUUAGAUGCCAAAAAGUAAUCAAGCCACUCUCAACCUACCUAUAUUACAAAAUGACUAUCCCUUCUUUCCCUAGCUAAUUUGAUUCUGACCUAUCUCAGAAUCUUAUGCUUAAAUAGUCUUCAAAUCUUGUUUUAGAUAUUACUUUCUUUGAUAGAUUUGACAAUCAAGUUCCAUCUGAGCUUGAUAACUCUACUUUAAACUCAUUUAAUGCCCAAUUUGUAUAUGGAAAGAGCAAAUAAUUCAACUUCUAGAAGAUACAAGUACCUGGUAAAGUUUAUAUGUUCUUGAAUGACACAGAAAAUCUUUUCGUUCAAUCAUUAAGAGCAAGAACAAAUUUAUAUUUCCUAAAUAUAUAAAGUCCUGGUAAUCAGUAAUGCCUUACAAUACAAUCAGAAACCAAGAAGAUUUACUUUGUAGCUGAGGAUAAGGUAUCUCCCAUGGAAAUAAUUGGAGAUGGAGAUGUAAACAGAGUUGAUUAGAAUUUAACAACCGUAUAUUGGGAUAGAGUAAUUGCAGCUGGUAAAAUUGCCAGAUUCCACUUAACUCUCAAGAAUCCUAAUAAUCUUUAUUUAAAUUCUUGGCUCCCAACUAAUAAUAAUACUUUCAUUGAUGUCAGAAUACAAGAUAACAACAUGAAAAGUGUUCUAAGCUCAGAUUGCUUUGUCAAGUUGAAUCAGAGUUUAUAUGAGGGUGAAUAUUUUGGAUUCUACUACUGCAAAUCUGCUCCUAAGUAUUAUAUAAUAACUAUCAUGAUAAAUGGUGUAAAUGUUACCACUCCAAUGGCAUUUACUGUUGUACCGAAUGAGCCAACCAACUCUAACUUAGCAACAAUAGUCCCUACCACUUAAACAUACACACUAGGGAGUGGAGGAAUUAAUAUAAAUUUCAGGCUGAAUGAUGAUUAAGGAAACAAUUACACCACAAUACUGCUUAAUAGAGAGUAAACUUAGCUUGGACUUAUUACCUAUAACUUAACCAGCAUUUUGACAAACAAAAUUGUUAGAUAUAACAUUCUUCCUCAAUAAAAUGUUUCACAAGGACUUUAUAGACUUCAUAUUGACAAUAUUCCAGUAGGAAGGUAUAGAUUAUAAAUAAAUUUACCUGUUCCCAUAAUUUAAGAUCUUACAUUCAUUUCAAGUAGCUUACAACUAAGCCCGUUCUAUUCAUUCGUAGUGGUAGAUUCUAAAAUAGACCCAGCUUAAUAAUCCAUCAACAACUACAUUUUCCUUAGAUUUUAUGCUAGAAAUAUUCACAAUCAAUCUCUCACAGACCUAAGUCAGGCCAACUAAAUCUUUGCCAAUACCUAAAUAUAAUUGACAUGCAGUAAUGGUUAAGUGGUAAAUUUUAUUAUGAGUGGUACUUUUCCAAGUGCAGAUGGAGUUUAUUUCAACUUCACAUCUCAGGAUAGACUUAAGUCUAAUGGUCUUUACACCAUUACAGUUUUCCAAGCUGAUUUCCAAACUUUUAUAUAUGUGAAGGACGGAGUUUUCUCAAUCUUCGAUAAUUUUGAUCCAAUAAAUUCUGAUUUGUAUUUAGUCAAAGGAAUGGACGAAAGAGAGUAUAGAUUAGCACCAUUUGAUGUGAGGUCUCAGCUUAGUAACUAGUAUAAUGCAACGUAUUAUGAUCCUAGAUUUGAUGGAAAUCUAAGAUUUAAGUUCUAUCUAAGGACUAGUUUGUAUGGUGAAAUAGUAACAAACCCCAAGUUUUAGAGUUACAAUCUUUGGGGAGGUUAUAUUGCAACAGCAGUUUAUUCCAAUAAUGCUUUCAAUAUAGGUACUAACAUCACAAACUUGUCACUAAAACUAGUUAAUUUUACAAAUUAUCUCAUGCUUGUUCCAGAAACUUAAGCAGAAUAGGAUAAAAUCGAAUAACUUAUAGAAGGUUAUUAUUUUGUUGUACUAACAGGUACAUCGUUUAACAAUAAGUUUUCAAUUUAAUGGCUCUUUUCUCUAUUCAAUAGCGAUGCAGGAUAAUAAAAUACAGCAAGUCCACCUGCAUUCUAAUUACUUGCUCCAAGAUUCAUUAAUGUGACAGCUGGAGAACCAUUUACAUUUGUUGCUACAGCUAUUGGUGGAACUCCGUCAAUUACUAAUCUUACUGUAAUUCCUAAUUCAGAAAUUCAAGUUGAAAUUGAGACUACUUCCAAAUUAGUGCCAGCUUAAAAUCACUUUUAUGUAACUCUUUUUCAUACAGUUGCAGGCAUUUACACACUAUAACUCCAAGCAACCUACCAAAGAGGCUCUCUGAGCAAUCCUCCUAAAGAUGUAAUCAUCUAAGUAAACCCGGCACCAUUUUACUCAGUUCUUUUAGUCAAUUAAACUUAGCUUGCUAAAAGAAUAUACAAUACUGGAUAGUUCGUCUCAAUUAACUUUACUCUAGUUGACAGAUAUAAUAACUCUUUACUAAUAUUUGAAAGAAAUAGACCUCCACUUCAAAAAUUCAGAGAUUUAAUUCAGUUAGUUCAUAAUCUAUCAGAUCCAAUAAUCUCAAAUCUAUACCCCAUUGCGAACACAACCUUAUACAAUUUCCAAUUCACAACCAAUUAUGCUGGAAAUAUUUCUUUUCUUCCAACUUUACAAAACUAUACACUUCUCUAGAUACCUUAGAAUAUGUCAAUUAAUAUUACUUUCUAAGCCAGCCAAACGGAGCCCUCUAUUCAGACUAGUUUUGCAUAAAUUAGACAAACAAAUAUUCUGGCUGGAGCAAAUGUCACAUUAGAUAUAUACCUCAGAGAUAUGUACGGCAACAAUAUUAACUUGACCUAAAAUAGAAAUAAUUACCUUGUGAAUAUCAUCCCUGAUAAUCUUUGCAACUCAACAACAUAAGUAAUGAGUUUCUUAUUGCAAAGACUGAAUAUAAUUACCUUUGGAUAAAAUUUGACUACAUCAUGUCAUUAUGAUUUCAAAGUAUUUUACUUUUCUCCAAUCGAUGGAUAAAUUGAAAUGCCUUGCUUAAAUUGCCAUUUAUUAGUUGAUGCUGCUGUAGAGGAUAUUAGAAAGAUAGACUUUUUAGAUCAAAGAGAUGUCAUUGUCAAUUCUUUAAACAAGCUUAAUCUGUUCAUUAAUAAAAAUGAUACAAAUCCAAAACUUAUUAUGGUAUUUAGGGAUGUCCAUGAUAACCUUGUUCUUAGUUAACAAUCUUAACUCUCACUGAGUUAUUAAUUUGACAUAGUCCCACUGAACUCAGAAAAUGUGAUUUAUAGAGGACUAUGGCAAGCAUAAAAAUCCUUCCAUUAUUUGUAGUUCUGUGAGAAAGAAUUCAGAGAUAAAUCUUGUUUUGGUAAUUUCACCAACGGACUUUAAGCAAGACUUAGAUUGCAAUCUCUUAACGGGACUAGGUCAGUGAAUAAACUAUAUAUAAACAUAGUUUUUGUGGAUAAUAGUGUUACAUUAUAUAACUCUGAUGAUUUAAAUGACAUUUCGAGCAAAUAUUCUUAUCUUAGAAUUCUAAAUCAAGAUGUAAUUUCAAGUCUUGCAUAUGACUUACGUGUAAUUUAAGAAGUUUGUAUUGGAGGAGAGCAAUAUCCAAUUAUUGGAAGAUUAGAUUUAAAAACUAUUAUGGGUUUCAGGAAAAAUGAAUCAUUUGAAGUACUUCAGCAAAGAAUCAGCCUAGUAAUAGAUGGUCUUGAUGCCUAAAAAUAUUCUUUCAAUGAAUUUUCUGGAAGUAUGAACGGUAUAAUAAUGUUCACUAUUUUCUUAAAAGAUGAUUUUUACAAUGAUAAGCUCUCAACAAUUGCCAGAGUAAUGAUUGAUGGUAAGGAAUUUACUAAUAGGAAGAUUCAGAUUAGGUGUAGGCGUAGGAUGAAUUAUCAAAAAUUCGUAGUUGCUUAAAAUGGAACAUUAUUGACAUCAUUAGAAAAUAAUAUAAUUUAAGCUGGACAGCAAUACACUUUCAAAAUGACUGCGACUGAUCCUUCUAUGAAUCUAUUAUCUCAAUUUAGGCCAUUUGAUAGCAAAAUAGUAUUCAACUAUACAAAUCCUAUAGUAAAUAUGAAAGGAGAUUUCAUUUAAAUAACAGAAGAUGUCCCAAAUAAUAACAUAAUUUACCAAAUUAAAUUUUCUCUUGCAGGUACAGCCUUACUCGUUGGCUCACAAAUUAAUUCUCAAUUUUAGAUGAAUAUUGUUCCAGGUACACUCCAUGCUAAAUAUUCAAUUGCUACAUCAACCUUCAUGAGGAUAAGAGCAGGUGAAAAUUCUACAAUUUUAAUUAGUCCUUUUGAUGAAUUUGGAAACCAAAUUACAUUCACUAAUACUAUAGAAGAUCUUAAAAGUUUUAACAGCCUCUCUUAAGUUUACUUAGCAAAGAUUAAUUUAUUUGGAAAUGAACAAUGGAGUUAAGUUUCAUGCUUUGAAAUCUUUUAAAACAAGAUAAAAUGCUCUGCCUAAUUAACUCAAAAAGGAAUAUACAAAUGGAGAACAGUGAUAAAUGGCUAUACUGCAUAAUGUGCUAACUGUUAUGUAAGAGUAGUACCUAGUGGAAGAUAUAAUCAUAACAAAACUGUACUAACAGAUCUAUCUUAGAACUACUAUGGCAAUCAAUACCUAGCUUUCAGUAAAUUUAAUGUCUAAAACAGAAAUCAUGGGCUCUAUUACAAGUUCUAUAUCAGUGAUGAAUUUGAUAACAUAUAUGUGAAUGAGGAUUUUAUCUAGAUAGACAAUAUCACAGCUCGAAUUUCUUUCAUUAGCAUCGAUGCAGCUUUAAAUGUAACAAAAUUGCACAAAGCCAGAACAGGCGGUGGAUGCUAAGUGUAUUCUGCAGUUAUUUUCCCUACUAAUAUACUCUAAAUGACAAUAGCUUUAGAAGGAUUCUAUAGAAUUUAGGUAGUAAUUACCAAUGCUACUGUUCCAUCUACUGCAUCAUUCUAUACUUUCUUUAAAGCGAAUCGAACAUCUGCUUCUUAUCCCUCAGUGCUACCAGCAAAUAUUUUAAGAAUGAGAUUUAGGGAAUAAUAGUUCUAGUAGUUAGCUGGCUAAUUCUAGACAAUAUAAUUUGGAAUAUUUGAUGAUAAUUCUGUAUUGCAAGUUAUGAGUUAAGCAUAAUAAUUCUAAUUCACUGUUGCAGCACAAUUCAACUCUACCACUUUUAAUGGAGAUAUUAUGCUUGGACCAUUCAAGUACAUUUAUGUGAGAUUACUUAAAAUCAAUCUCGUAAAUUAAACAGACAUUAUAAAUCAGCUAUUUGCUUAAUAAUACUCAGUGACUGUCCAAAUAACAAAUCCUAGUUAUUCAAUUACUAUGGUUCAAUUUACCACCUAUGUAUUUCCUGGUCCUCUUAAUUCAAUAAGAUACCUAAACAAUAACAUUCAAUUCUAAGCCUUAGAUGCUUUCAAUAACAGCUUAGAUCACAAUUAUGAUUCAUCUUUUAUCCAGAGGUUGAUCAUAAACAGAACAAGCACUUAAUCCUAGCCAAAUUUCUAAUUGGCUAACUUCAACUCAUAAAUGAAUUAUUCUUCAAGACUUGGAGAGAUUCAGUUCACUUUUGACGGUGAAAAUAAUUUAACAAACUUUUUCAUUUUCGAUAGUAAUCUCAAAGCAUUAAGUAAUCCAUUCUCUAACUAUUUAGACAAGGGUAUUCUUGACUUUAGCAAAUCAUACUUUGAAAUUAUUACACAGUAGAUUACUGCUGGCUAAUCAAUACAAGUAAAAAUAACUUUAGUUGACAGUAAUUAUCAAAGAAUUAAUAUUACCUCAAACUCAUCUGCUUUAACGAAUUUGGUUAUUUCAUUCUUAAAAGAAGAUCAAUUGAUUGAAAGAAGUGUCAAUUUACAAUAGUUUAAAUUUAACAACUCUUAAGCUAAUUCUUGGUAUACAGUACCGAUUCAAGUUAACAUCAGUGGUAACUACUUAGUAUAAGUUUAGUUUUAUGGCCAGAAUUUGAUGAAUAGAUUUGGCUCAGACAAAUAGAAAUGGAUUUAUGUUAAGAACGAUGAAGAUGCUGGUAACAGUUCUUAGCCUGAAAUGUAAUGGGGUAUCAGCAUCAUUGCUAUUUAAAGAAAUAAAGUAUUUGGAUUGAGUUCUCAAAACGGCACUGAUUAUUUUACAUUCUUGAAGACAUAACCCCUAUAUUUCCUUGCUAGGAUCACUGAUAGAUUUGGAAAUGCUUUUGAAGACCCUGAUAUUUAUGAGUUUUACAAUAAACUUGAAUUGGCUCUUGAAACAAGAAUUAUUAAUUUUGGAAGAGCGAUGUAAAUCGAUACUACAAUCAUAUAUAACGUGAUUUUAAUUGGAAUCUCUACAGAGGAAAGCCGAAAUGUUUACAGAAAUUAUAUGCCAUCGUACUACCCUCUUCAAAAUAACAAUUUCUAUAACAGCUUAAACUCUUAUAAAAUUGAAGUUUAUUCUCCUGGGAAAAGUCAGAGUAUUAAAAUGAGACAGAUUUUCAUAGUUCUAGAUACAGAUUUUGAAAUUGAUAAGACUCUGUCAAGAAACCAAACUUCUAACCAGGAAAUUGAUUCAAAUAAUCCAAUUCUAAGUGAUGAUUUGAUCAACAAUCAAAUACAAUUAAGAUUAAACAAAAAAGCGAUUUAUACAUUCAGAGUAAUGAAUACAGACUAGAGAUAUUACUUUACUGAAAGUGUAUAGAAUUUUUAAAUGGAAAUCACUAAUACAACUCAAACUUUUGUCAUUAAUAGUACAAAUCCAAAAAAUAUUACAAACACUUCUGUCAUUUUGCCAGUAAGUAAUGUGUCAAUCAAAAUAUUACCUUUUGCCAAUUAAGGAUUCUACAGAGCAUACCUAGUUUCAAAUGCAUUAUUCUAAGAUCCUAGUCCACUGAACUUAAAAUUGACAAUUAAAACUACUUACAAGUAUUCUAAGAACCCAAUUAGUAAAAACUUACCAGUUUGGGUCUUCCCACCAACUCCACCAAAUUUUUUGAAUCAAAUCAUUAAUUCAACAUACUUAGCUAAGAACUAGACUAAAUUUAGACCUGCUACCAAGAUCUAAUUCCCUUUAACUCUUGGAUAUAACAACAUGACUUUCCUUAAUGAUCAAUAAUCAGCCAGAAAUAUAAAGAUAUAUAGAAAGAGUUCUUUAGAACAGGUUAAUGGAGAGCUAGCAGGGAAAUCUAACUAUUCAAUAUCAGUCAAUCUUGAAGGUCCUCAAAGAAAUGAAUUUAGAAUAUAUUAUAAGGACUUUAAUGGUGCUCUCUAUCCUUUAACUCAGCCAGAGGUAAUAUAUUUUGAGAUAUAAAGCAGUGAGACGAAUCUUAAGUAAAUUUCCCCUUUCUACUCAGAAGAGUACUAAUAUCCCAAACUAGGCUUUCUACCUGAUUAUUUUGAAUAAAAUCUUGGACAGAGUGAUCUUUAUCAAAAUCAUCCAAGAUUAUUACAAAGUUUAGAUCUCACUAAGAUUAAGAUAGUAAUUAUAACUAACAUGAUAAAUAAUAACUAUAUUAUUGGAAAUGAAUUCAGAGCUUCAAUUCUAGUCGUUGAUAAUCAAACUUCAAGGUGCUUGCUAGAGUCUGACUAUAGUGUCAGCAAUGAUUUAGUGGUGACAAUUUACAGGUAUGAUCCCCUGACAAUGUAAUUAAGUGGAGUCUCGAUUGACAUUCCAUUCAUUAAUUUGGUUAAAAAUAUAGUAAGAUAGCCAACGUCUUAUUGCACAUUCUAUUCCAAUGCUGUUCUUGAAAGUAGCAGUCAAUUAAAUACACAAGGAAACUACACCUUAAUAGCAACCUUUAAGAACUUAGUAACUAGCAAUAUUACAUUCUAAGUCUUAGUAUCUGGAAUUGAUUUUAGAUAAACCACUGUUGGCUGGUACUAACAACCUUUAGACAGCAAUCAAAUGAUCGCAGAAAUAAAUGCCUAUGAGGAGUUCAAUUAUCUCAUUUACUUUAAGGAUGCAUAAGGAAAUUAUGUUAGCGAGAGAACUUCAUUUGUUAAGAUUAGGAUUAAUUUUGAUGGAUAAAAACUAAUAGAAGGAACUGAUUACAAGUACAUUUCAAGAUAUGACGAUAGAUUUAAAGGCUAUCUCAUAACAAUUCAAUUCUUUAAAGCUGGUUCUUUCAAACCAGAAUAUUACUUCAAUUUAUAGAGAGCAGAAAACAUUUAAGUUUCAGAUGGUCCUAUUCUAUUCUUUGUCUAUGAACCAUAAUGCAUAAAAGUUCAAGCACUAUCAAAAACAGGAACUACUUUAGCUCUUGGUCAGCUAUUCAACUUUGUAUUUAACUGUUACGAUAUUAAUGGAAAACUCAUCUCUGAGAGCAUCAAAGGAGUAUAAAGCCAAGCACUUUUCUAGAAUAUUGAUCAAAAUAAUCUAUAAUCAUUUGGAACAAUUGAAGCACUAUCAAACGGAAUAUAUAAAGUUUCAAACAAAUUCUAUAUGGAAGGAAGAUACAAUCUGAAAGUAUAUUUCAACUCUUUGCUAAUAUACAAUGACCCGACACUGGUUUAUAAAGUUCAAUCAGAAAUCUGCAAAGAUCCUAUCACGGGUUAACUUAUGUUUAAGUGUCCUAACAAUCCCUCAAUCUGUGCCUAUAAUUACUAUGAAUGUAGCAGAAUAAAUACAACUACUUGCCCUAGCUCAGCACCAUUUUUAUGUGGAGAUGGAAAAUGUGUUUCAUCAAUGUCUACUUAGUGUUGUAGAAUUAGUGACAGAAAUCUUUUUGAUUACCUUUGGUGCCCUAAUACUAACCAGUGCUUCAAUUCAACUUUAAGCACAUGUCCUACAAUAAAUACCACUCAGCCUCUUUAUUGUGAAAGCUAGAAUAAAUAUGUAACACAUCAAUAUGAAUGCUGUGAAGAUUUGAAGUACAAUACUUCUGUCAAAAUUGGAAAUAAUUAAACUGUAGUAACAAAAAGUAUGACUAAAUGUAGCAACGAAGAUAAAUGUGUGCCAAGCAAUACUGCAGAGUUUUGCUUCUAUAAGUUUAAUAGAAACUGCACAGAACUGUUUGGAUCAGAAUUUUCUUUCCAAUGCCCGAAUAAUGGAAAAUGCAAGAGAAAUCCAACUGAAUGUCCAAAUCCUAGAGUUUGUCCUUUCGGCUAUACUUAAUGCCCAGAUUAUAGUUGCAUAAUGGGAUUAGAUAAGUUUAAUUAAUGCAAUAGACUCUUAAAUUGCUCCAGAACUUUGCCUGAUGGGUCCUAGGUUGAAUUCAUUAGAUGUGCAGAUGGAUCUUGCGCUAAAACAUACGAGGAGUGCCCGUAAAUGAUAACCUGUACUAAUCCAAAUUAAGUUGUCUGUCCAGAUGGAACUUGCAAAAACUCACAAUUUGAAUGCAUCUAAACUCUCGAAUGUACCUCAGACAAGUCCUACAAGUGUCCAGGUUUCCCUACUGUUUGUGCAAGUUCAAGACUUGAAUGUCCUAUUCCAGCUGGCAAAACCUGUGGAGGUACUCUUUAACUUUGCGAAAAUGGUGAAUGUGCAAACAGUUGUAGAACUAGUCAAUUCAAUGGGAUGCAAACCUCAAUAGCUUCAAUGAAGCAGAAUGAUUGUACUAUUUAAGGACUAAUAUAAUGCCCUAAUUUUGAGUGCAGAUCAUCUUAUUAUGAAUGCUCAGAUACUCUAUUUUGCCCUCUUCCUAUUAAUUAUACUUAUGCUGCAUCUACAGUUAUAUGCCCAGCUGCUCAAAUCUGCUCUAUUGAUUAAAAAGCUUGUAGUUAUCCUUAAUGCUCUUCAAUUCUGAACUACUAAUACAUAGGCUCUUAAAAUUCCUAUGAUCACAUUACUUAGACCUAGGUAAGUCUAGGAACAUGUUACGACGGAAGAUGCCACCUUAGUGAUAAUAUGAAGUAAAAAGUAUGCAUGACACCAAUAUCUUGCUCCUUCACCUAUUUCAAGUCUGGAGGCUUUGGUGAGUUUUGUGUAUCAUCCUAAAACAAAAGUAUUGCAAUGAUGGAAAUAGCAAUAAUUACAAAUGAUUACAAAUGUGCAAAGAACAAAUUUAAAUGUGUCACUGGAGAAUGCAGAAAUUCAUUAGAUGACUGCCCCUCAUAAAUAACAUGUCCAUCUGAACUUCCAGUUUAAUGCAGAGAUGGAUAAUGUGUUCGAUCAAAAUCAUAAUGCUUAAUAAUAGACUAAGAAAUUGAGAAAAAUCUAAUGAAGUGCGGUAAAGAUGGUUUGUUACUCUGCACAAGUGAUUUAAUAACAUGUACAACAUCUCUAUCAAAAUGCCCAGCCAGAUCUACUUGCCCUAUUGGUUUUAUUAAAUGCUGGGAUGAGUCUUGUGUUAAUCCAGUAAGUCAGAGUUGCCCUAAAGUAACAUAGCUAUAACAAUUAUCACUAGUAUCUACCUGCCCAGAUCAAAACUCAAACCCCUUCCACUGUUUCUCAGAUGGAUCUUGCAGGGCCUCACUUCAUGAUUGUGCUACCUAAACUUACUGCCCACUUUCAAGGCCUGUAAAAUGUAUGGAUGGAUCCUGUAGAUCAUCAAUUAAGAACUGUCCAAUCAAUAUCAAAUGUCCUGCUGGGUACAAGUAUUGCUCUGGGGAGAGUACUUGUGUUAAAUUAAAUAAGUUGUGUGGAACUAUAUCAACUUGCUCAGAAGUCACACAAUAUAGAUGUGAAGAUGGCUCAUGUGUUUAAGAUGCUGCUAUGUGCUAAUUGCAGAAAUAUUAGCAUGAUGAUGACACACUAGAUUGUCUUUUUGAUGAAACUAAAAUUCUCUGCUAAAAUGGAAAUAACUGUGUAAGUGACAUAAUGGAAUGCAAGAUAUCAGACUCUUGUCUGGGAACGAAUCUUGUUAAGGCUCAGAAUACAAAUCUAUGCUACAAGUCAAGAUCUGAUUUCUCAUCUGACCUUGUUGUGCUUUAAACAAAUCAACUCUGCUCAAUUAAUAACUAAUACCUUUGCUAAAAUGGAUAGUGCUCAGAUGAACCUUGUCCUGAAUGGGAUCAAUGUCAAUCUCCUAAAGCAACUAAAAAAUGCUGGAAUGGGUAAUGUGUGACAGAUUUAAGUCUUUGCCCAAUGAAAAACAAUUCAUGUCCAUUCUAUAAGCAAAUUAGAUGCAAAUAUACCGGAACAUGCGUUAGUAAUAUAACAUUUUGCUACUCAAGUUAAUCGAUUGAUGAUAAAGCAAAUCAACAAAUUGCUCUUUCAUACUGUUCAAAAUCUUUCAAUCUAAACUAUGCCUGUGAAUUCGAUGGAAGUUGUGUCUAAAGUUCAGAUUAAUGCAAUACAAGCUAAUAUACUGGUUGUGCUAACAUUUACCCUAAUUCAGUAAAAAGCUCAUAAAAAUGCUAUGUUCCAUAAUGCCCUGAAGCAUAUCCAUUUAAAUGUAGCUCUGGAUUGUGCGUAACGACAGAAUCUGAUUGCCCUCUAUAUUAAUCAUCAGUUCAAGAUUUGCAAUUCUGUUAAGAUAUCGCAAGGUAAAGUGGAAAGUCAUUAUUCGUUCCAUGUGGAAACGGAAAAUGUGUCAGUCAUGAAGAUGAGUGUCUACCACUGUAUGACUGCAGCUUAAACUCACAGAAUUUGAACUUUUUCAGAUGUGGAGAUGGAACUUGCAGAGCAAAGCCUAGUGACUGUCCUCUUUAAGAUAUAACAUGCCCUUCUCACCUUCCAUACAUGUGCCAGAAUGGAAUGUGCUCUCAAUCAGAAAUUGAUUGUAUUAAGAAUGAAAAUGGGUGCCCUUAAAGAACACCAUUGAAAUGUCCUUUUGAUGGUUCCUGCACUACUUCAAUUAGUCUUUGCCAAUCACCUUACAAUCAAAUGGCUCAAAUGUUCAUCUACCCUAACUAUAUUCCCGAAAUUAGGUCAACUCCUUUGAUUGCAUAUUAUGGAAUAACUAGAUCUCAAUGCCAAAAGAAUGGUCAAUUUAUUUGUAAGCUAGGAACUCAAAUGCCAUAUUGUGUUGAUAGACUGACGAAUUGCAAAGAUCCAGACACUGGAUGUGAUGUUACUAAUCCAAUAAGAUGUGGGGCAAGUUGUGUAAGCAGUCCCUAUAACUGCACUCAAGUUUCUUGUGCAGACAUAAAUGCUGAAAAAUGUCCUUCAUCAAGUGUUUGUGUGGCAACUUCUACAAUAACUGCUAUUUAUAGUUAAUCAGUGAGGCUUGGAGCCUAACCUAUCUGUGAUGUUUGGAAUGGCUGUCCAGCUAACCAGAGUUUUAUAUGCCCCAAUAUAAACAGAAAAUAAUGUGCCCAAUUACCCUACACAUCAUAUCCCUCCCUUUUUGGAAACACUUGCACUACUUUCGACAGAUCUUCUACACUUUAACUACAAACUAAUAUCUUCAAUGAAUGCUUCUCCCAAGACACUCCCUAUUCAUGUGCUGAUGGUAGCUGCGUUUCUGAUAUCAAUCUUUGCCCAACAUGCAUAUACUACUGUCCAAAUUAUAGGAGAUGCGUAAAAUAAAAAUCUGAAUGCGACUUUUUAACUUCAACAAGUAUUGGCAAGAGUCUUGUCCUAACCUUAACAUUGCUCUAAUAAUCUUGUCCCAUUAGCACACCUUAUAGAUGCAUCAUUUCAGGCUAGUGUGUUGCAAAUGAAAUUGAUUGCAAGCUUAUUGAAACACUGUCAUAAAAUUCUCAAUACAACCAAACUUUCCAUGGUAACCUAUUGACUGAUAGAUGCCCACUUUAGAGUCCAAUUAGAUGCCAUGACGGCAGAUGUGCGAAUUAAUAUGAUGAUUGCUUCAAGUAAAUCAGAUCCAAAUCUUUUACAAAUCCAGACCUCGCCUAUAUUAUGCCAAUUAGUUGGGGAUAGAAUUUGACUUUACUUUAGCAGUUAGCCCAAAGCAUCACUCCUGCAGAUAGUCAGUCUUCAAAUAAUUUGCUCAAUUUGAACAAUCCUUGCCAAGUAUAUUGCUAUGAUGGUUCUUGCAGAGACAGAGUUGAGAACUGUCCAGUGAUACAUGGUUGUUUCGAUUAUCAAAGACCUUUCAGAUGCAAAAAUGGAUUAUGCGCCAGAGAUCAAUAAUAAUGCUAGUAAAUAUACGGUUCAAUGGCUGAUUAAGACUUACUAACAAUUGAUUAUAAUUCAUAAUGCUCAGAAAGUUUUGGAACAGGCUUGAAUUUCACAAGAUGCGAGGAUGGAGUCUGUAGACCUAUGAGUUAUAAUACUUCUACUCAAUAAUGGGAUAGAAACUGCUUACCAUAUAUGGGAUGCCCAUUAUCUGAACCAUAUCACUGCUCAACUGGAGAAUGUGUAAAAGAUAAAUCUUAAUGCGCUGGUUCAAGCAAGUGUCCUCUUCACCUUCCAUUUAGAUGCAAAAAUCUAGAGUGUGUUUCCUAAUUAACAGUUUGUGAGAGACCUUUUUCUACUUAUAGCUCAUUGCAACUAGAUAUUACCCUUGAUCCUUUACAGGAUUUAACGAUUGACUUCGCAUUCACCGAUCAAAGGGAUGUAAUAGGGAAGUUAUAGAUUGUUUCAAAUAGUCUAUAAUUACGAGGAUUAGAGAAUAUUCCAAGUUAGUUGAUGACAUACCAAAGAAUACAAGUGUACCCUGUGCAGGAUAGUAUCCUUGAGAAAAUACAAAACUAUAUUCCUUAAACGAGAAUUGAGUAUCUUGAGAGAAUAUAUCCAAUAACAGUAAAUAAUACACUCAAGAGAGCUUUUACUAUGAUAUCUCCUGCAGUCAAAAUUGAAUAUAAUUCAGCAAUUAAACCAUACAUUGAUUAUGGAUUCUUAUACUUCAAACUUGACAACGCUUCUUUCCCCAAAGAUUUAAAUAUAUAUGAAGAUGCUUGCUUGGGAUGGGUGACUAAACUAGACUAAUUAGAUUAAGGAAAAGCACAAUGGCAGUGUCAAUAGAGAGAAAUAGAGAUUGAUGAAGAUGGAUUCUUAAAGUUUAAGAUAAAUUAACUGGGUAUUUAUGCAGUUAUAGUAAAUCCUAAUCCAGAUUUGAAAAGUAACGAAGAUUGUGGCUUCAUGUGCCAAAAUAACUAGACUCUGUUAAUUAUGGAACUCAGUCUAGUAGUAUUAGUAGCUUUAUUGCUUUAUGCAUUCUGUAUAUGCUGCCAUGCCAAAGCUCCUGUCUUAAAAUCCAAAAAGCAUAAAGAUCAAACUGGCAAGAAUGUUCAAUAUAAUGGUCGUUCAUACACCUAGAACUAAAUGCAAUACUUAUCUCCAGGAAUGGGAGCAAUAAAUAAUACAACUUUAUUUAAUUCACCAGAUAAAGUUUGGAGCCUUGAUGGCAAUAUUCAUGAACUAGAUGUGGAGUAACUAAAGGAUCAACUAGAAAGUGUAGAUCCAAAUGACCCGCCACUAAUGCCAGGCUAAUAUGUCUUACUCAUGGCUCAGCAAAAUGAUACAUAGCAGCGAUAGAUAGAUGUUCUAAAGAGCCAAUUGCAAUAAUAUCAAGAGAGAGAAAUUGAUAAUCUGAGCUUGAUUAAGGCUAUAUUUGAAAAGAAUAAAAUUCUGCAUGCAUAGAUAGAACUUAAAUAAGAGAUUGAGUCCAAAGAUAAUUUGAAUAAUACUAAGCGAUCAAACAGAUCCAGAAGACCAAGAAAAAUCAAGGAAGACCCAAGCAUUGUUAGUGAAUACAAUAAUAUUGAUGCUUAUCUAGCCUAGUCAAUGAUGGGAAGCAGAUACUAAGAUCAUCCCUAAAUGAUAAAACCGCUCUUAGACAAUUAAGAGUCCAAGGCAACAUUCUAGGAGUAUCCAGCCGACAAAGAUGCUCGAUUAGCCAAGCAACUAAGAGGUCAUAACAAUGAUAAUAGCAUGCUUUCGAUACCUAAUAACCAUUUGGGAGACUAGAUGCUAGUUACUGAAUCUACAAAGCAACUUAUUAGUAAGAAUUACAAAUCAACCUCAAAGCUUGAAGUGCAAGAAAAUAAACACAUGAAUAAUAUCCUCAUAUAAGAUGAACUAAAUCCUAAUAAUGAUAGUUACAGAUAGGAUGAUAAUGAAAAGGUUAGCUUUAUGCAGAGUAAUGACUACAGUAGAAGAAUCGGUGAACUGGCAGAGGAAAUCCAAUAGCUCGAACAAAUCGAGGAGGAAAAAGAGGAAGAACAAUCACUGGUAAAAAAGAAAAAGAAAAAGAGAGCAACUAUCGAUGAAUAAAAUAACUCUGUUUCCAAUGUGAGAGAUUCACUUGGAAUUGAAUAGAGCAUUCUUUAAAAGACUUUGAACUCAAUAUUCCCUUAAAAGCGCAGGGGACCUAGUGAUACCAAAGGAUACAAUAUGAUGCUUGGCAAUGAAAGUAUUACUGGAAAUGUAAGUGGAAGCAUCAUUAAGAAUGAUAGAGUCGAACCUGAUAUGGUUUAAGCUUACCAAGAUUAUGUUAACUCAAAAGAUGAAGACUAGGAUGAAGACGAAAUGAAUGAGGAAAAUAGUUAUGCUAGACUUAAAGAAAUCGAACAGCUUAUGAAGACAUCACCGUCUAAAAAGAAAAAGUAGAAACCACUUAAGAAGAAGUGA